CGCAAAGAACUCGAUUUCAAGGGCAAGCUGUACGUGGCGCCGUUGACGACGGUUGGGAACUUGCCAUUUCGGCGAGUUUGCACCGAUCUCGGCGCCGACAUUACCGUAUCAGAGAUGGCGAUGGCGAGUAAUUUGCUCAAGGGGGAUCGUAAAGAGUGGGCGCUUCUUCGUCGUCACCCAAGCGAGAAGUGCUAUGGUAUACAAGUUUGCGGUGGAUAUCCAGAUCUGAUGGCAAGGUGUGCGGAAUUGAUCGACAACGAAGUCUCGUGUGAUUUCAUCGACGUCAAUAUGGGAUGCCCAAUCGACGGCGUUUGCGCCAAGGGUGCCGGUAGCAGUCUCAUGCGCGAUACUGAUCGAUUGAAAAACGUUGUACGGACAAUGGCGGCGGUUUCUUCGACCCCCGUAACAAUCAAGCUCCGCAUGGGCUACUUUGACGACCCCUCGAAGUACGUUGCGCACGACAUCAUCCCGCGAGCGAAAGCUUGGGGAGCGUUUGCGGCAACUCUACACGGGCGCACUCGUGAGCAACGUUACUCGCGCCUCGCGGAUUGGUCUUACAUUCAUCGUUGCGCCGACGUGGCGGCAAAGAGCGAGUUCACACUCAUCGGUAACGGAGAUGUGUACACGUACGAAGAUUACAACGCCCAAGUCGCCGACAACAAAGUGGCGACGUGUAUGAUCGGUCGCGGUGCCAUCAUCAAGCCCUGGCUCAUGACUGAAAUCAAAGAGCAGCGUCACUGGGACAUAAGCGCCAAUGAGCGAUUAGAUUUGUUCAAGGACUUUUGCCAAUAUGGGCUCGAACACUGGGGCAGCGACUCGAUGGGAGUGGAGAAGACGCGCCGCUAUCUCCUCGAGUGGAUGAGUUACACCCAUCGAUACGUCCCAAUAGGACUAUUGGAGCAAAACGUCGUUCCGAAACUCCACUUGCGUCCGAUGCGUUACGUCGGACGAUCGGACCUCGAAACCAAACUCGCGAGCGACAGACUCGAAGAUUGGCUCGAGUUGAGUGAAAUUUGCGGGCUUGGCAAACCCGACGCGUCGUUCAAGUUUGUUCCAAAACACGCUUCGAAUAGCUAUACAAAA